ACUUUGAUUAGUCAAAGUAUUUCGAAGAAUUCAGGGAGAGAAAUACAAAUACGAAUUUAGUUAAUUUAAUUGAUUUUUAAGGAAACCAUAAUGAAAAAAUAAUGAUUUGAACUUUACUAAUUUAGUUAUGAAUAUUUGAUUUGGAAAUUAAGAAAAAAAAUAUAUAUAAGAAGGUUAGGUUAAACUUCAAAUUAUUGUUUAUUUCUCUCCCCUUUCACCUUAUGAACAUGUCGGAUUCAUCAAUAAAAAUUGUUGACGCCGGUGCUUUUUGUGAUUUAGAAAUUACAAUUGGAGAAAAACCAAACACUGCAAUUUUUCGUUUACAUUCAGUAAUCUUAAAAAACCGUUCAAAUUAUUUUAAGGAUAUAUUAUCUAGCGAUAAAAUAAAAAAAGAGAAUAACAUUCUUAAAUAUCAAAAAGAAAAUAUUUCCGUUGAAAUUUUUCAUAUAAUUUUUAAAUAUAUAUAUAGCGAUAUUAUCGACUUUACGAGUGAUGUUAAAACAAAUAUUGCCCUUUUAAUCGCAGCUGAUGACUUAUGUCUUAACGAUAUGUGUUCAGCUAUUGAGGCAAAACUUCUUAACGACAAAGAAUUAUUAAAAAAAAAUUUUGUUACUAUUACACAUGCCGUAAACAAAUUCGAUCAUUUUACAAAUUUAUUACAAUUUUAUAAAAAUACUCUUCAAGAAGAUCCUACGAUCAUGCUUAAAGCAAAUGAUUUUACGACCAUUAACCGAGAAAUUUUCCUUGACCUUGUUAGUAUUUAUCCUUUCAAACCGAUUGAAGUAUGGAAUAAACUUAUAGAAUGGGCAUUUGCACAAAUUAAACAAUUACCAUCUGAAAUUUCUAUUUGUACUUCUGAUAAUAUUUCUACUUUAAAAGAUUUAAUUCAACCAUUUAUAUCACAUAUCAAAUUUAAAGAUAUUGCUCCUCAUGAAUUCUCUCAAAAAGUUAAACCUUACAAACAGAUUUUAAAUAGUGAUUUUUAUAUUGAAAUUCUUGAAUAUUAUUCUUUUGAUGAUAGUAUUAUCUCAAAAUGUAGAACAGAUAUUGAUUCUUUAAUAAUUAAUUCAGAACAAGCAUUUUUACUUGCUAAUUUAAUUAAGAUAUUAGAAAAUCCAAGUGUAUAUGCUAGUAUUUCUAAACGACUUGAUAUAUUUUUUUAUAAAUUCACUUUACUUGUUCGUGGUAGUAGAGAUGGUUACACAACAUCAACUUUUCAUAAUCUCUGUGAUGGAAAAGGACCUACUCUUACUAUUGCUCGUGUUAAAAAGACAAAUGAAAUUAUUGGAGGGUUCAAUCCAUAUAGUUGGUAUUCUGAAGGUGGUGAUUGUACGGAUGAUAGUUAUCGUCGUGAUAGUCCUGACAGGAGAAGUUUUAUUUUUUCAUUGGAUAGAAAGAAUUUGGAAAAUUCCGUUUUUAGUAAAGUUAAAAGUGGGGAGUGUGCUCAUUUUAAUGGUGAAGAUGUUGGCCCAAAUUUUGGUGGUAAAAAUGCUGAUUUAGCUCUAUUAUGUUUUGAUCAAAACGAAGGGAAAUGUGUUAAGAAGAAUUAUGAGACACGAAUAAGAGACAAUACAGGUCAAUUCGAUAUAGAUGAAUAUGAAGUAUUUCAUGUUAAUGGCUAUAAUUGUAAUAAUUUAUUAUAUAUUAAUCAAUAAUUUUAAGUUCAUCAGUAUAUCGAACCGUAGUUACAUCUUAAUUCAAAUAAGUAGUAAUUAAACAUUUAUUAAUCAUGAUUA